AUGUUCUUCACUCGGACAGCUGCAAGAAGCUUCGCCGGAGCUCGUGCUUUCUCGACGGCGCGCGUGUAUCGGGCGGAAUUGUCUUACCAAGUUUACGGCCCCGAAAAGGAGGAAGUGACUCGCGAUCCUAUUCUGUUCCUGCAUGGACUUUUCGGGUCUAAACAAAACAACCGGAGCAUCAGCAAAGCCUUGGCUCGAGACUUGAAAUGUCAAGUUUUCACACUGGACCUUCGCAACCAUGGAGAUUCCUUCCACUCCCAAGAGCAUAACUAUAGUGUUAUGGCCAAGGAUGUGCAGGAAUUCAUUGCGCAACAACAAUUACCAAAAUGCGUCCUUAUUGGCCAUUCUAUGGGCGCGAAGGCUGCUAUGACGGUUGCUCUCCAAUCACCAGAAAGUGUCUCCGCCUUGAUCCCCGUCGACAAUGCGCCGUUGAAUGCCGCACUGAAGAGUGACUUUCCAAAGUAUGUUCGAGGCAUGCAACAUGUCGAAAGAGAGCAAGUUUCAAAGCAAUCUGAUGCAAACAAGAUCCUUGAAGACUACGAGGAAUCUCUUCCAAUCCGCCAGUUCCUUUUAACAAAUCUCAUCCGUUCCAAGGACGGACAUAAAACACUGAAGUUUCGAGUUCCGCUCGAUGUAAUAGGGCGUUCGCUCGAUAACAUGGCGGAAUUUCCCUUCAGCGAGUCUGAUAAUAUCCAGUAUAAUGGGCCUACCCUUUUCGUUAGAGGCACCAAGUCUGGAUAUGUCUCCAAUAACACUAUUCCCGUUAUCAAGAGAUUCUUUCCGAAUGCUCAGAUUUCAGAUGUUGAUGCUGGACACUGGUUGAUUUCUGAAAACCCCGAGGCUUUCCGACAGGGUAACUAUGACCCAAACUCUCAACUUGCUUAG